AUGACAAUCGCUCCAGACUGGAGAUCAAUAGCGAAGGCUACUCAGGAAAGCAUUCUCAAGAAAAUCCCAAAAGAAUGGUGUCUAGUGGAAGGGAAUGCGGCACCGGAGAAACAAGACGUGUCCAAGAUUCCGGAGAGCUGUGAUAUUCUCUCGCUGAAGGAGCGCGACAUAACCGGAAGUGUUGAUGCCACCUUCAUUCUCAAGAAGAUACAUAGCAGACAAUGGACGGCCGAAGAAGUCAUGGUGGCAUUCUGCAAACGAGCCGCAAUCGCACAUCAACUAACAAACUGCCUCACAGAGAUUUGCUUUGAGGAAGCUAUCACUCAGGCCAAGGUAUUAGAUGCCGAGCUGCAAAGGACCGGUAAACUUGCUGGACCGCUGCAUGGCCUUCCCAUUAGCCUGAAGGAUCACAUCAAUGUUGCCGGGCUCAGAUCGACUAUGGGGUACUGUUGUCUGGCAGAGAAUCGCCCAGAAGAGGAUGCUGUUAUUACCAAGGUCCUCAAAGCUGCAGGAGGCAUCAUCUUUGUCAAGACGACCAUGCCGGUCACAGGAAUGGUCACAGAGACAACAAGCAACCUAUUCGGGCGGACCACUCUGGGCCACAACCGUCUGUUGACUCCCGGCGGCAGCUCUGGAGGCGAAGGAGCCCUGAUCGGACUGCGAGGCUCGCCUAUGGGAUGGGGGACCGACGUAGGAGGGUCGAUUCGCGUGCCCGCUGCAUUCAGUGGUAUCUAUGGCUUUAAGCCGUCCUCCCGACGGUUGAGUGUCGACGGCUUGAGCGCGAACGUCCGAGGGGCAAUUUCAAUUCCCGGGGUAAUCGGUCCCAUGUCGCUUUCCAUCCGCGACCUUGAGCUGGUCUGCAAAGUUCUCACGGAUGCCGAGCCGUGGCUGGAAGAUCCUAAUGUUUCUAUGAAAGAAUGGAAGCCGCGGCCCAAGAUUGAACGAUCGUUGAGGAUCGGAGUCAUGGCGUUCGAUGGCGUCGUCAUGCCGCAUCCGCCCAUUCUCCGAGCGAUCAAGACCGCUGCCAAUCAACUUCAUUUGGCGGGACAUGACGUUAUCGACUUUGAACCAUUCGAGAGCCUGAAGGCUUGGGAGAUUGCAUUUCCAAUCUACUAUGCUACCGGAGGCAAAGAGAUGAGGGACCUCAUAGAGGCGUCCGGAGAGCCAUGGCCACCCGCGGCAGGAAAAAUCAGUAACAGUCCUGCUGUUCGGGAUCGAAAGCUGACUGUGAAAGAACUUUACGAGCUCAAUGCAGCUCGGGACCAGUACAAGAAGGGCUACCUUCAGCACUGGAAGAAAACGGCAACCCAGACCAAGACCGGUAAACCAAUCGAUGUCCUCUUGUGUCCAACUGCUGCGUCCGCCAGUUUUCCCCAUGACUUUGUGCCCUGGUGGGGAUAUUCCAGUCAGUACAACAUGCUGGACAUGCCCGGCGUUGUCAUCCCGGUUGGCAAGGUCGACAAGACAGUGGAUGUCGAAGACAAGAAAUACUCUCCCAUAAACGAACGGGACCAAGAGAAUUAUGACAUGUACGACCCCGAACUCUGGGAUGGUGCUCCACUAGGUGUUCAGAUAGUCGGGAGGAACUUUGAUGACGAGUUUGUGCUUGCUUGUGCCAGCAUUAUUGAUGAGGUGUUGAACGGCAGGGAUCAUUCCUCAUAG